UUGAUAAGGUGACCCAUGCUCGUCUGUGUGUGUGUGUGUGUGUUUGUGUGCGUUUACAGGAGGAAGAGUAAACAAGCUCUCAGAGAUUACAAGAAGGUUUUGCUGCAGCUGGAAACUCUGGAGAUCAACGUUGGGGACCAAUGUCGAAAAGAGUUCACUGACCUGAUGACGGAGAUGAUGGACCUCAGCAGUGACGUAGGAGGACCGGGACUCCCCCUGCUGGACUACAGGACUUACGCAGAGAGGGUCUUCUUCCCCGGCCAGCAGGUGGCGCCGCUGAGCCGCCAGCUGGACCUGCCGGAGUCCAGGAGACCGACGGUGGAGCAGGGUCUCCAGCAGCUCAACAACCUGCUCAACAACCGACUCUUCCUUACCAGGUUCAUCCACACCCUGGAGGCCCAGCAGGGCUUCUCUCAGAGGGACCGGGGCUACGUUGCCAGUCUGCUCACAAUGGCCCUGCACGACAAGUUGGAGUACUUCACCGAGGUAAUGAAGAGUCUGCUGCAGGACCUGGUGCAACAGUACGUUGUCAAGAACCCCAAACUCAUGCUGCGCAGGACAGAGACUGUUGUAGAAAAGAUGUUGACCAACUGGAUGUCGAUCUGCCUCUACUCCUUCCUUAAAGAAGUGGCGGGCGAGCCUCUCUACAUGCUCUACAGAGCCAUAAAGUACCAGGUGGACAAAGGGCCUGUUGACACGGUAACAGGAAAAGCCAAACGAACCCUUAACGACAGCCACCUGCUGCGAGAAGACAUUGACUACUGCUCUAUGACUCUGAUGGUGUUGGUAAAGAAUGGAGUCGAGGUUCAACCCUGUCCUGUUAAAGUGCUCGACACCGACACUAUCACACAGGUAAAGGAUAAAAUUCUGGAUCAGGUCUACAGAGGAGCGCCGUUCUCUCAGAGACCAGCAGCAGAUAAUCUGGACCUGGAGUGGCGCUCAGGUCAAGCGGGUCACCUGACUCUGUCAGACGAUGACGUCACAGCGGUGAUUCAAGGUCACUGGAAACGAGUGAACACUCUGCAGCACUAUAAGGUUCCAGAUGGAGCAACAGUCGCUCUGAUUCCUCGUUCUCAGAGUUCAGGUGCAGUCAACCAGGUCUUCCAGACCGGAGAGAAAACGCCAAUGCUGGAGGGUGAGGAGGAGGAGGGUCUACGUCUGUGGCACCUGGUGAAGAGCAGCGAAGAUCCAGAAAUCCCAAAACACAGAAAGAGCAGCAUGAGGGAGCGAGAGAGAGCCAAGGCCAUACCUGAGAUUUACCUGACCCGCCUGCUGUCCAUGAAGGGGACAUUGCAGAAGUUUGUGGAUGACGUUUUUGUGGCCAUCCUUAGUACAAAGCGUCCUCCUCCAAUAGCUGUGAGAUUCUUCUUUGACUUCCUGGACGACAUGGCAGAGAAACAUGGUAUUGACGAUCCGGAGACGGUCCACAUCUGGAAGACUAACAGUCUCCCUCUCAGGUUCUGGGUGAACAUCUUGAAGAACCCUCAGUUUGUUCUGGACGUGCAGAUAACUGACAGCAUCGACGCUGUCCUGUCUGUCAUUGCUCAGACCUUCAUCGACUCCUGCACCACCUCAGAGCACAAAGUGGGACGGGAUUCUCCUGUCAACAAGCUGCUGUACGCCAGAGAAAUACCCCGAUACAAGCAGCUGGUUGAGAGGUAUUACUCUGAUAUCCACAGCUCUGCUUCAGGAUGUUAUCAGGAGAUGAACUCCACUCUGACGGAACUCUCUGGGAGUUUUGCCUCAGAGAUGAACAGUCUCGUUGCUCUUCAUGAACUCUACAAGUACAUAAACAAAUACUACGACCAGAUCAUCAUGUCUCUGGAGGAGGACACUUCAGGUCAGAAGAUGCAGUUGGCCUAUCGGCUGCAGCAGGUCGCUGCCCUGGUGGAGAACAAGGUCACUGAUCUCUGAUGGCCUCCGACCCCUUCAACCUGGUUCCAAGAAGUCAUGACCUCUGCCCUGCGACGCUGAAGAUAUAAGGAGAAGCUUCCUGUUGGACAUCUGCAGCAGCUCUGAGACUAGAAACGAUUCUCCUGUUGACAUUGUCUUCCUGCUGAGUGUGUGUGUGUGUGUUUACAGUCAGACUCAGGAGAUUCUGUUUUUUAGAAGAUUUAGGAGACUAAACCUGAACCGAUCUGACAAUCGAAACAAUCAGAUGAUUUCAUCAUCGCCUGCUGCCUUGCACUAUAUUUCCCAGAACCCCCUGCGCUUUGGCUGUUUGCCGGCUAAUCUCCGAUCUGCUGUAUGUUUCUCAUUGUUAACUUUUACCACUGAAACCAGCACAAUUCUGCUUCAGGAGCUUUAAAGAGUUCUACUGAACACAAUGACUCAAACUUGUGAUUUGUGAGACUCCAGUUUAACUUCCCUACCAGCACUGGAUCCACUCAGUCUUCCUCACUACCUGCCGAGGCCACUUUGACUCAACCAGCAUUCAGGUUGGCAUUAGUAACAGGGUCCAUUUGGUCUGGACCCACAGAAAGUGUAUAACCUUAUAGACCAGAGAGACACUAGCUUCCCUCCAUCUUCUCAUGGUGAUGAUAACCACUGGACACUGUCUGUAAAAACCAGAAUCAUUGUGAAAGGUUGAUGUAUGAUAGAAACCUUUUUUCAGAGGAGCUUAAACUCGUAUGUUACUAACUUAUUACAUGUACAUACUGUGAGUUCUAUUUAUUCCUUUUUUAUUCCAGCUGUGCCUUCAGGCUCGCAGCUAGAUGGCACUGUCUGUCCUUCUUACAACAGCAUUAUUGACCAUGUGUCCCAUUGCAUGAUGGGAAGAUAACUUCUAAUAACUAAUUAAAGGUGUUGAACCACGGAGGGAAAACAACAAAGUGAUCAUCUGCCAAGAUCCAAACAGCCCGAGUUUGAUUGGAUGUCCAGCUAGCAUAAUGCUAUGCAGAACAGUCUUUAUACGCUACUCUGUGAGACAGAAUACUUCCUGGACCCUUCACCUGAUACUUCCUGGACUAUCCUGGACCCUUAACCUGAUACUUCCUGGACUCUCCUGGACCCUUAACCUGAUACUUCCUGGACUCUCCUGGACCCUUAACCUGAUACUUCCUGGACUCUCCUGGACCCUUAACCUGAUACUUCCUGGACUCUUCUGGACCCUUAACCUGAUACCUCCUGGACUCUUCUGGACCCUUAACCUGAUACUUCCUGGACUCUUCUGGACCCUUAACCUGAUACCUCCUGGACUCUCCUGGACCCUUAACCUGAUACUUCCUGGACUCUUCUGGACCCUUAACCUGAUACUUCCUGGACUCUCCUGGACCCUUAACCUGAUACUUCCUGGACUCUUCUGGACCCUUAACCUGAUACUUCCUGGACUCUUCUGGACCCUUAACCUGAUACUUCCUGGACUCUCCUGGACCCUUAACCUGAUACUUCCUGGACCCUUAACCUGAUACUUCCUGGACUCUCCUAGACCCUUAACCUGAUACUUCCUGGACUCUUCUGGACCCUUAACCUGAUACUUCCUGGACUCUCCUGGACCCUUUCCAGAUACUUCCCUGAACACAUUUCCAGUGUAAAUGGACUUACACUGACACCAGUACCAUCAGGCCAUAACUAAACACACUUCCUGUCUGGUGCUGACAUAUUUUGGUAUUAAUUACAUUGGAUGAUCUUCCUUCUGUACUUAUCUUCUAGUAUUUCUGAUUAUAUCUGUGUUGAUUUAUUGUGUGUGUUUUCGCCUUGCUUGUUUUUGACUUGUAGUUGUAGUUCACUGAUCAGAUCAGAACUUUGCAUGUGUGUGAUGAUUUGUUUUAGAAAGAAAACUGGGUCAUGUAUGUGAAUGUGGCAGAAGGUCCUGCUUUGACCCUUGACCUCCUCAUCUCUGUACAGUUUUUUAAUCGUCUCAGACGUGAUGAUACAGAUCCUCAGCUCUGAUUGGUCGAGCUCCAUUUGUUACUGAAAUGUUUUUUCUAUAAGGGAGUCAAACUUUAAAGGAUUCGUAUAAGAUGACUCGUGGAUCAAAUGUGACAGAGCACAAACUGUUUUUUACUGACUGUAAAUGUCUAAAUGUGCCUGUAAAUAACUCCGAGGAGGAUGGUGGUGAUGAUGAUGUGUUUUUAUUGUGAAGAGGCAGGAGGCCAAAUACAAUUUGUAUCAUGUAAAAAUAAAGUUACAGUUUAACAGUU